AUCCAGAGAGGGCUUGUUAUCUACAUAUGCUUCUUCAAAGGUGCUGAUGAAGAUCUUGUUCCAAAAAUUGUCAGUAUGCUGUUGAGUGUCAAAUUAAGUGAAAAUGAAAGUGGUGAGUACGUUUCCAUUCUUGAUUUACCAGGUGAUGUGCUAAUCAUACCACAAGCUACGCUAGGUGGUAAACCAAAGGGAAGAAAGAUGCAGUAUCAUGCAAACAUUGAAAAAGAAAAAGGGCUGGAACUUUAUUCUCAGUUUGUGACUUUGUGUGAAAAAGAACUGGCUGCCAAUGCCAAAUGUGUGGAAGCAGGUGUUCUCGUGAAGCACGGCACAUAUGGAAACAGGCAGGUGUUAAACCUGGAUACAAAUGGACCUUACACUCAUCUGAUUGAAUUUUGA